UUUUUUUUUUUUUUAGCCAGACUGAUUCAUAGAAACUCCUUUAAAACUCAGGGAAAAGAAACCGCCCAUCACACACCCCGACUCACCAGUGGAGGAAACUUAUAACCUCGGGAGGCAGUUCCCUCCCCUCACUGUGGUCACAUACCUCCAGAAGAGCGGACCGGGCAGCUGCCAGCUCGAGCCACUUGCGGUGUCUGCCUCCGUCCUCGCUGGACAUCCAGGACUCUCUUCCCUAACGAGUCACUACAAAAGCCAAGAUGUUGGUAUUACUGGCUGGAAUUUUUGUGGUCCACAUCGCCACUGUUAUUAUGCUCUUUGUUUGCACCAUUUCCAAUGUCUGGGUGGUUUCUGAUGCCGUCAAUGCAUCUGUAGGUCUUUGGAAAAACUGUACCGGAGGGGCAUGCGGUGACAUGAGCUACGGAAACGAAGAUGCCAUCAAGAGCGUGCAGGCCUUCAUGAUCCUCUCCAUCAUCUUCUCCGUCAUCUCCCUCGUGGUCUUUGUGUUCCAGCUCUUCACCAUGGAGAAGGGAAACCGGUUCUUCCUCUCGGGGGCAACCAUGCUGGUGUGCUGGCUGUGCAUUCUGAUCGGAGCGUCCAUCUACACCAAUCGUUACGCCAAUCACAGCGAGACUUUUGCCACGGGAAGCCACCAUGGUUACUGCUUCAUCCUGGCCUGGAUCUGCUUCUGCUUCAGCUUCAUCAUCGGCAUUCUCUAUCUGGUCCUGAGGAAGAAAUGAGGCUGGACCAGCAUCUGGGGAUAUCUGGGGGGUGGGGAGGAGGAAGCAGUCAAAUCUGGGAGGGGAGUGGAAGUCACUGUGUAGGAAAAAACCAAGAAAAGGGAGGGGAUUGGGGAGGGGGAAGGAAGAGUGGGAGAGGCCCAAACCCAAACCAUUCCCAGGGAGAUUCUCUCCUGCCCAGUGCCUGCCUCGGGAGAAGGUCAUCAGCUUGGGCUUUGAUGCUCCCUUGUUGCGGUCAGAGAACCUCCUUGCAGCUACCAGACUUGGCCUCCAGCUGCCCUCGGUUACACACACAGCCUGGGGCCCCGUUUGUUGCCACACCACUGGCUCCACUUCUGAGGGUGAAUUCUGGGUCACACGCUGAUGUCUUGCAGACCAGCUGCACCAAGUACAAAUAGCAAAGAGCUGUACAAGUUCUGGCAAGAGCAGACCCUGUCUCUGGGCUGACCGUGCUAAGCCUGGAAGCCACCUUACCUUCUGACCCAAGGCAAAACACCACAUUCCCUUCUGAAGUGCCUACAGGAGGUCUUUGGUCAGGGAGCCACUGUGCUCCUGUAGAACAGGCAUUUAGCUCCACAGAAUUCAGUGGCAACUGUGACAAAAGGGGAGGCAGAAAGACAAUUUAUAAGGCCAAGUUGGUGGGUUAGCUAAACCAAGAAAGAGGACUUUUCCCCAUAGAAGGACAGGGGAGGGGCAGAGCCUAGCCAGACCUCACAGCUGUCUCUCGCUGGGACUUUUUGUGGACUCUGUCAGGCUUUAGCUUAAAGCCAAGGCAGCUCUUCUGGAGUUUCUCUAGAGCCACUAAUGAGCCCUUCAGUAGUGAAAGCAGCACAUAAACUGUAGGAGCAAGGGGCACUCUUACCAUAGCACUAUAUCAGGGUGAUGUUUUUAGGAUUCCCCUCAACACAGCCAACAUUUCUUAUAAGUUAUCUAACAAGAAAGAUGUGACAUGAUUCUGUUACUCUUCCUCUGGAUUGUAACUUUUGAGGAAGUUUUAUCUCAUCACCCACUUUGGGGAUUAGGGCUUCUGGGCUCAUUGGCCGCUCACUCUUGGACACUGGCUAGAGCAGUGACUUCUCAGAGGGCCUGUCCCCUCCCCAGGGGAGGAUAUGACAAUUUAGGAGAUGAAUUAAAACACACACAAACCAAAGCCAAUCACCAGGUCCUUGGGUGAAAGGUGCUAUAUAAUUACAAAGUAUUAAGCGUACCAUGUUUCAGUCUUGAUAAAAACAGAGUGCUUGUUCCUGGGGGGCGGGGGGUUCCCAUGAAAUAAAUAAAAAUACAGGUGAUAGAAUGAUAAUUUUUUUUUAAAAAAAAAAGUACCAAAAACUGUUGGUUACCUGGUCAGGCCGUAUUUGAGCUGAUGGUAGCCGCAGGAACCUGACUCCGUAGGACUUAGAAGUCUGUGCUAUUCCUGGUUCAGCGGGCAGCUCUCCACCCUAGAGCAGCCAUUUUAAGCCAUCUCAGAUUCUGCCUGUAGGGGUCUUUGGUGGAGGGCAUUCCCUUUACUGCCUGGAGAAGAUCUACCCUGGGAAGAAUCUGAGGUAUCUUGCCUACUUUUCUCCCUCUAGCUUCCUCCUCAUCCAUUUCUCACAUAUCUUUCUUUCUUGGGGAAUUGUUGUGCCAUAAUUGCUGGUAUUUAUGUAAAGGGACUAUUUGCUAAGUAUAUGUCUUUACGCUUAUUCUGGUUAAGGGAAUAGUGAGGCAAGGCUCUGUAUUACCUGGGCUGAGAGUAGAGAGAUUGACCAGAAAAGAAACCAUGGGGUAAUGAACUUUUGAAUUAUGAUUUGAUUAUCACAUGAUUAUAGAAGGCUGAGUUAUGGGCAAAAGCAUAUCUACAUAUCAGAUAUAUCCAAAGAGAUACUCUCAUUUUGUUAAGAAGUUCAAUUAUGCCUGGAGUGAACCAUAUAUUCCCUUGUCUUUUCCUUUUUCUUCUGUGACAUUUAUGUCUCAUGUAAUUUGCAUUACAUUAGUGAGUUGUUCUAGCACUGUGUUUGGCUUCUUCAUUAAUAGAUUAUUUCAUAUACUAUAAUUGUAAAUAUUUUGAUACAAAUGUUUAUAACUCUA